AUGGCUAGAUAUGUGUGGGCUUUGGCUACCAAGCAGGACAACUUAUGGAUCAAAUGGGUCCAUGCUGUGUAUAUCAAAGAGGAGAACUGGUGGGAUUACAGACAUCCAGUAGGAUGUAGCUGGUAUUGGAAACAAGUGUGUGAGGUAAAAGAGUAUCUGAAAACCAAAAUUUCUCUUCAGGACCUCACUGGAGUGCAGAAGUAUAGCCUCAAAGGCAUAUAUGCAAAGCUAUGUGUGGAAGGUGAUCAUGUUGAUUGGGACAAGUUUGUUUGGAAUAGAAUCUCUAUUCCAAAGCACAGAGCUAUUACUUGGCUAAUAAUGAAAAACAGGCUAAAUACAGCUGACAGAUUACUGAAAUAUGGCUUAAUACAUGAUGAUACUUGUCAACUUUGCUCCACAGGAAGAGAAACACAUGAACACUUGUUCUUCCAAUGUGAUUAUUCCAGGAAGUGUAUUGAUUUAUUGAGGUCUUGGCUGGGUAUGGUGAGUCAUCAGUAUGACUUCCAAAGAACAGUAAGAUUUUGGAAAAAUAGCAGAAUUUCAUGUUUCAAGAAAAAAGUUUUGGCUGCUGUAUUAAAAGCUGGUGUGUACUUCAUAUGGUGGGCUAGAAAUGAGGCAGUGUGGAAUCUUGUUGGCUGGAGGCCUGCUCAGAUUGUUCAAAGAGUGAAAAGCUUAAUCAUACUUAGGAUUAAUACUGUCAUUCCUAAGAAAACUUCUACUGCUAAUAGAGCUUGGUUUGAAUUGUUAAAGAGUAGAUAA